GCACAAGCGCUCUGGUGGAGAGAAAGUGACUGGGCGGAAGAAGUGCUAAAACAAUCCAUCAAGGGCGAUAAGAAGAGCUUAUUUAUGACCUGAAGACACAAAAAGGAGAGAGAAAUCUUUUAUCCAUUUUUUACAUUCUGGUCCUAAACCUUUUUCUUUGUAUUGGUGUGGCUUGGUCAAGCAUGCCCACAAACGGAGUUAAUAGAGCCCUGAAGCUCCAGUUUGGCCUCAUCAACUAUGAAAACCGCUACCUUACGGCGGAGGCUUUCGGCUUCAAAGUGAACGCCUCGGGGACCAGCAUGAAGAAGAAGCAGAUCUGGACCUUGGAGCAGGACGAGCAGGAUGGCCAGGUGGUGUUCCUCCGCAGCCACCUCGGACGCUACCUGGCUUCCGACAAAGACGGGAAGAUCACAUGUGGGGCCGAGGAUCCUGAUCCAGAGUGCCGGUUCCUGAUUGUCCCCCAGUCUGACGGUCGCUGGGCGCUGCAGUCGGAGCCUUACCUGCGUUACUUUGGAGGCUCGGCCGAUUACCUGUCCUGCUUUGCCCAGGUGAUUGCGGAGCAAGAGCUGUGGGCUGUCCAUUUGGCUCUGCACCCGCAAGCAAGUCUGUUCAGCGUCGCACGGAAACGUUACGCCCAUCUGUCUGCUUCCGAUGGAGAGAUCUCGGUAGACAGCAACAUUCCCUGGGGGGUGGACUCUUUAGUCACCUUAGUGUACCAGGAGGGCAAGUACAGCCUGAAAACCUGUGAUAGCCGCUUCCUCAGUAACGACGGCAAACUGGUGAAGGAGAACACCAACACCACCAGCUUCACCCUGGAGCUGAAAUCGGGCAAGCUGGCAUUUAAGGACUGUGGCGGCAAAUAUCUGACCCCGGUGGGUCCAACGGGUACGCUGCGCUCGGGACGGUGCUCCAAGCCGGGAAAAGAUGAGCUCUUUGACCUCGAAGAAAGUCAUCCACAAGUAAUUUUUCAAGCAGCCAAUAAAAGAUUUGUCUCCGUCAAGCAAGGUGUAAGUAUUUCAGCCAAUCAAGACGUGGACACGGACAUGGAGACAUUCCAGAUGGAGAUUGACAAAAAGAGCAAAAAGUCCAUUUUUAGGACCAACGGGGGCUCCUACUGGACACUAGUGACUCACGGAGAGAUUCAGUCGACUGCAUCGGAAAUAGAGAUCAAUACAAUGUUCGACAUCGAGUGGCGGGGGCAAAGGGUGGCCCUCAAAGCAAGCAACGGAAAGUAUGUAUGCACAAAGAAGAACGGGCAGCUCUCAGCAGUGAGUGACGCAGUAGGAGAGGACGAAUUAUUCCUGAUGAAGCUUAUCAACCGGCCAAUGCUGAUCCUUCGUGGCGAGAACGGCUUUGUGUGUCACCACAAGAACUCCAACACCUUAGACGUCAAUCGAUCGGUCUACGACAUUUUCUCAUUGAUCUUCAACGACGGCGCCUACAAUAUUAAGAGUGUGAAUGGAAAAUUCUGGUACGUCUCCAGCAGCGGCCUAGUGUGCUCGGAUGGAGAAAAACCCGAAGAUUUUUUCCUGGAGUUUCUGGAACACGGGCGCAUUGCCAUUAAGUGUUCGAAUGGCAAGUACCUCCGAGGAGACCAGGGAGGCACACUAAUGGGAGAUCGCACUUCGGUUGAUGCGUCCUCUCUUUGGGAGUACUAAAAUCUUUUGGAAAAAAUGGUGCAAAAAAGAUGAUUGAUGAUGUGAAGGAGCUGCUUCUAUCAGCUCACACACAAGGGGGGAUUGGUUGGCUAACAUUUUAUUGCCUGUUUUUCUACCAACAGCCAGACGCCUAGUCAAGUUUUUUUAAUUGAGAGGUUUAGGAAAAAAGAAUUAUUUUUUUCUUUCAGAUGAACGCGCCAUUGCCAAGCUCGGAAGAUUCAUAGCUAAUCAUAAUAAAUAAAAAAUAAAAAACUUGAUCUUUAAAGGCCUACUGAAAUGAAUUUUUUUUUUUAUUUAAACGGGCAUAGCAGAUCCAUUCUAUGUGUCAUACUUGAUCAUUUCGCGAUAUUGCCAUAUUUUUGCUGAAAGGAUUUAGUAGAGAACAUCAACGAUAAAGUUCGCAACUUUUGGUCGCUGAUUAAAAAAAAGCCUUGCCUAUACCGGAAGUAGCGUGACGUUACCGGAGGAAGGACUCCUCACAUUUGACCAUUGUUUACAAUGCAGCGAGAGCGAUUCGGACCGAGAAAGCGACGAUUACCCCAUUAAUUUGAGCAAGGAUGAAAGAUUUGUGGAUGAGGAACAUGAGAGUGAAGGACUAGAGUGCAGUUCAGGACGCAUCUUUUUUCGCUCUGACCGUAACUUUGGUAGAAGCUGGCUCAUUGGAUUCCACACUCUCUCCUUUUUCUAUUGUGGAUCACGGAUUUGUAUUUUAAACCACCUCGGAUACUAUAUCCUCUUGAAAAUGAGAGUGGAGAACACGAAAUGGACAUUCACAGUGACUUUUAUCUCCACGACAAUACAUCGGUGAAGCACUUUAGCUACGGAGCUAACAUGAUAGCAUCGGGCUUAAUUGCAUAUAGAAACAAAAGUAAUAAACCCCUGACUGGAAGGAUGGACAGAAAAUCAACAAUACUAUUAAACCAUGGACAUGUAAAUACACGGUUAAUGCUUUCCAGCCUGGCGAAGGUUAACAAUGCUGUUGCUAACGACGCCAUUGAAGCUAACUUAGCAACGGGACCUCACAGAGCUAUGCUAAAAACAUUAGCUAUCCACCUACGCCAACCAGCCCUCAUCUGCUCAUGAACAUCCGUGCUCACAUGCGUUCCAGCGAUCGACGAUGCGACGAAGGACUUCACCCAAUCACAGAUGCGGUCGGCGGCUAGCGUCGGAUAGCGCGUCUGCUAUCCACCUCAAAGUCCUCCUGGUUGGGUUGCUGCAGCCAGCCGCUAAUACACCGAUCCCACCUACAACUUUCUUCUUUGCAGUCUUCAUUGUUCGUUAAACAAAUUGCAAAAGAUUCACCAACACAGAUGUCCAGAAUACUGUGGAAUUUUGAGAUGAAAACAGAGAUUUUUGCAUUGGAUUCAAUGGCGUCCGCAUACUUCCGUUUCAACGAUUGACGUCACGCGCAUACGUCAUCAUACAUAGACGUUUUCAACCGGAAGUUUAGCGGGAAAUUUAAAAUUGCACUUUAUAAGUUAACCCGGCCGUAUUGGCAUGUGUUGCAAUGUUAAGAUUUCAUCAUUGAUAUAUAAACUAUCAGACUGCGUGGUCGGUAGUAGUGGCUUUCAGUAGGCCUUUAAAGUCAGGUUUCAAAUAAUGAUCAGUAAACCAUCAGUAAUUGCUGGAACAAACAAAAUAAGCUCUGCUUGUCCUUACUCCUUUUUGGACCUGUUUAAAUGUUGUAAGUGUAAACAUGUGAUGUUUCCAAAUGUAACUUGUUAAAAGCAUGUCCAAGACAAAGUAAAAAAAUACCAAGUAGGUACAGGAACAGCAUCAUGCCUCAGAAGUACCUGAACAAAUGAAGUGUUCUUGCCUAUUAAGUUGAAAUGCCUUUCCAAUCAACGCCAUUAGUGGAACCAUCCACAUACUGUUCUGUAUGCUAAUUAACCCAAUGGCAAAACAACAAAACAUACAUUUGAUCAUCUAAAUCAGAGAGACAACACUCCCUACACGCUUUCUCUUACAUAUUUGUAACUUCCGCAUGUGUUUUGCAGUCAUUUUUAAGUCUAUGUUGCGUACACUAUGAACUUGAAUGGGAAUGGGAACUGCACUUUUUUUUGGAAUGUUGCCUAACGUUCACAAUCCUGAUGAGAAACAAGACGAUUUAUGUUUUUGUUUUUCUGUUUUUUUGCAUUCUAAUAGGUUGUGAGUUCAAACGCCGGCUGAGUCAUACCAAAGACUAUAAAAAAUGGGACCCAUUACCUCCCUGCUUGGCACUCAGCAUCAAAAGGUUGUAAUUGGGGGUUGAAUCACCAAAAAUGCUCACUGUUCCUCUCACCUCCCAGGGGGCGAUCAAGGGUGAUGGGUCAAAUUCAGAGAAUAAUUUUGCCACACCUAGCGUGUGUGUGUGAGAAUCAUUGUCAACUUUAACUUUAAUAAUCGACUUGUCCUAGGUAGCUAGCAGAGGUGUGGACUCGAGU